UUUCUUUUUACGCGUUCUUGACCGACCUCUGGAUCCACAAGAUUUUUCAUUCCUUUCGGUGCUCAGCAUUCGGUGCUCAGCAUUCCACUCGUUUUAUCGCAGUCGCUCUUAACAAACCCGGCGCAUCUUAACAAUCGCAUACCGCUUUCCCUCACUUAUACAACCCCGACGCCGAACAAAUUAACCAAAUCGCCCAACCAACAAUGGCCACCGCCCUCCUCACCCUCUCGACCCUCGUCACCCUCUCCCUCGCGCAAACCACUGUCUUCCCCAUCCGCUACCCAGACGGCAACCCCCAGCAACCGGGCGGCUUCCCCGAAAUCUCCGUCAUCACCGCCAACAAGGACAGCACCGUCAUCGACAUGCACUGCCCGCAAGCCACGCCCGACUGCGGCUUCUUCCCCCACCAGACCCUCACCUACGGCGCCUCGACCUGGAAACUCGACAUGUCGGUCGACGGCGACGGCGCCUUUACCAUGACGCAGGAUUGCAGUUUCCCGGCCAACGGCGGCGACGGAAGUGGCGAGGUUGUGUGCAGGGAGAGUGCGAGUGGCAGCGAGGCGAAUUUCCCCGGAAGUAGUACCACGACGUAUAGUGAGGGGGCGAUGUGGGUCAUGGCUACGGCGGGCGUCGAGUAUCUUACGAAUAGUGGUGGUGCGGAUGGCACGCCUACUACUGCUACUGGGAGCACGAGCGAGAAGACGCCGCCUUCGACGGCUAGACAGACGUCUUCCGGGUCUGGCACGCCGAGUGCGACUGCAACAGCGGGGGGCUCGAAGCAGACUGGUGCGGCGUCGACGGUGGGAGGUGGGUUGUUUGGUGUGGGCGUUGGGUUGCUUGCGGGACUGGUUUUGUAGAUACCCGGGAACUCGGUUACUAAUUCUCCAGUAAUGGCACGGUUUCAUAGCGUUGAUGUCCAAUGGGUGCCUGGUCUGAGGAUGCUGGGAAACUUGUCGUGUAGAGUAUCCGAGCGGCGUGGCAGUUCCACGACGUCUCAUCCUCCUUUGAAGAAUUUGCAAAACCUCCCUCCAUGUUCCCCGUUCCUGGUCAUGUCCUGCAUCGUAGUCAGUACAGAUACCAAAUACCUCAC